AUGACGGACGGCCUGCCUUCGACGCUCGAAGCCAUCGACGUGCGUGCCAACGUCGCCGCCAAGGCUGGCAACGUCUACGCCCAGUACACGGUCGUCAUCACGUGCCCGUUCACGCAGGCGCGCUGGUCGUGCCGCAAGCGCUACUCGGCCUUUUGGCAGCUGCGCGAGACCUUCCGCGUCAUCCACGCCCACGCGCCGGCCUCGCCGCUAGCGCCGCUGCUCCACGCGCUCCUGGCGACGCCGUUUCCGUCCAAGCACCUCACGCCGACGCGCGCCCGCGUCAUGGGCGAGCGCGCCAUGUUGUUUCAGAACUUCCUCCUGCAGCUGCUCCACCUGCGCAACGCGUGCUGGGUCAACCUCGCGGCGUCGCCGUCGCUGGCGCUGCCCGCCGCGCGCUACGUGGCCUUGAUCGCCGACUUUUUGGGCAUCUACGACGUGCCGAUGCUCGAGAUCCGGCCGACGACACGUGCCAUCCUCGACGAGGCGUGUGCGAUCUGCCUCGACUACAUGCACGCGACCGACCUCGUCGACGGCCGCCACGUGGUCCAGCUACCCUGCCGCCACGUCUACCACCAGCGCUGCGUCGGCCAGUGGCUGCGCACGAAGCGAACGUGCCCCCUCUGCCGCGACCCGACGACCCAGAUCACGGGCCUUCUCUUGGCAUGA